UUUAUUAUAAAAUAAUAAUAAUAAUAAAAAAAAAUAAAAGAUCUAAACAUGAUCAUAUAGAUCUUGUUCAUUUGAUUAGGCUUUUAACGCUUUUAAUUGUUUGUUCUUCUUGUUGGUUUAGGAGAUUUGAAUUUGAAGGUCCUUGUUUUACAGGAAAAAUUUCAUAGUUGGGAAUUUGAAUAUGGAUUCAAUGAGAGGCCAAGGAGGCAUUCAAAUGCUGCUAACUGCAGAACAGGAAGCCCAACAUAUUGUUUCCUCUGCGAGAAAUUUGAAGUUGACAAGGCUAAAGCAAGCGAAAGAUGAAGCUGACAAAGAAAUUGAAGAUUAUCGUUCCAGAAUGGACUCUCUCUAUCAAAAGCAACUUUCUGAGACAAGUGGGAGUUCAGGGUCCACUGUGAAAAGACUUGAAGAGGAAACUGACACAAAGAUUAAGAAGUUAAGGAAUUCAGCCUCAAAGGUGCAAUCAGAUAUUGUUGGCAUGAUCAUGAAAUAUGUCACAACUGUCUAGCCUAAUGCAUUAUUCUUCAAUAAGCUUUUUAGCAAGUUUUGGGUUGAGAAAUUUUAUUUCAUCAAAUAUUGAUUUGUUUUGGAUACAAUGGACAUCCAUUCUUCUCUUGGUUUGAUAUUUCAAAUGUAAUACUCAAUCACAGAAUUUCUUUUCUCCUUUUUAAGAUGAUUUUAUUUUGAAAUGAUAUAAAUAAUUUUCCCCACUCCUUAGCUUGGUGAUA